GUCCUGCGAUGACCUCCCUUCCCCCUCCAUUUGGGGUGAGCGCAUACUAGUGGUUUUUCUUUUUUUCUUUUUUUUUCCUACUUAGCUGGUAGUUGGAACUCUGGGGGUGGGCGGCAUGGAGGGUUAGCUUGCUAUAGAAGUGCUUCCGAAAUCUCCGCUGGCUGGAGUCGCGGUUAACCUGGCUGCACCCAGAGGCCGCUGGGCGCGCGCUGCCACCGCGGCUUGGGAGUUUUCUGCGGAUCACUCGCGGUCCCAGCCGGGCCGCUGGCGUGCGGGCGCCCUCUGGAGACCGGUCAUGUGCGGACGGCGACACACACCUGGUGCUCCAGUGAACUCCCCAGGCCAUGGCGACGCCGCCUCAGAGGACUCUGCCCCGGUGAAGCGGCCCCGGCGGGAGGACACUCACAUCUGCAACAAGUGCUGUGCUGAGUUCUUUAGUCUCUCUGAGUUCAUGGAACACAAGAAAAGUUGCACUAAAACCCCGCCUGUGCUCAUCAUGAAUGACAGCGAGGGGCCAGUGCCUUCAGAGGACUUUUCCAGAGCUGUCCUGAGCCACCAGCCGGGCAGCCCUAGCAGCAGUAAAGACAGUCUCCAGGAGAACAGUGGCAGCUCGGGGGACUUGAAGGAGAAGCUGGGCACGGACUCCAUCCUGUACGUGAAGACAGAGGCCACCCAGCCACCCGUAGCCCAGGACAUAGGCUAUUUACCCAAAGGCAAAGUGGCCAACACCAAUGUGACUCUGCAUGCACUCCGAGGCACCAAGGUGGCGGUGAACCAACGGGGCGUGGAGGCCCCCAUGGCGCCCAUGCCCGCUGCCCACGGCAUCCCGUGGGUCCUGGAGCAGAUCCUGUGCCUGCAGCAGCAGCAGCUCCAGCAGAUCCAGCUUACGGAACAGAUCCGAGUCCAGGUGAACAUGUGGGCCGCGCACGCCCUCCACUCUGGAGUGGCUGGUGCUGACACGCUGAAGGCCUUAAGCAGCCACGUUUCCCAGCAGGUGUCCGUGUCCCAGCAGGUGUCUGCCGCCGUGGCCCUGCUCAGCCAGAAAGCCUCCAACCCGGCUCUGUCUUUAGAUGCCUUGAAGCAAGCCAAGCUACCUCAUGCCAGCGUCCCCUCCACAGCCAGCCCGCUGUCCUCGGGGUUCACAUCCUUCACCUUGAAGCCUGACGGGACUCGGGUGCUCCCCAACUUUGUGUCUCGCCUCCCCAAUGCCCUGCUACCUCAGACUCCGGGCUCUGUGAUCCUGCAGAGCCCCUUCUCUACUGUGACGCUGGACCAGUCCAAGAAAGGAAAGGGGAAGCCCCAGAGCCUCCCCACUCCCGUGUUAGAGGUCAAGGCCAAGGACGAAGCUGUCCUCGGUAAGCACAAGUGCAGGUACUGUAGCAAGGUUUUCGGGACCGAGAGCUCCCUCCAGAUUCAUCUUCGAUCCCACACCGGAGAGAGACCUUACGUGUGCCCUGUCUGUGGUCACCGCUUCACCACCAAGGGCAACCUCAAGGUCCACUUCCAUCGACACCCUCAGGUGAAGGCAAACCCCCAGCUGUUUGCUGAGUUCCAGGACAAAGGGGUUGUGAGCACUAGUUCUCACUAUGCGCUCCCUGUCCCCAUCCCUGUAGAUGAAUCAAGUCUCUCUGUAGAUGCUGAGUCUGUCCCGGUCCCGGGAACCCCUUCCAUGGGGCUACCUCAAAAGCUCACUUCAGGGCCGAACCCCAAAGACCUCAUGGGUGGCUCCUUGCCCAAUGAUAUACAGCCAGGGCCUUCUUCAGAAAGUGAGGCGGGCCUUCCACUCCCUGGGGUGGGGAUGAUACACAAUCCCCCAAGGGCUGGGGGCUUCCAGGGCGCUGGGGCCCCAGAAUCAGGGUCAGAGACCCUGAAGUUGCAGCAGCUAGUGGAGAACAUAGACAAAGCGACUACUGACCCCAACGAGUGUCUCAUUUGUCACCGGGUCCUCAGCUGUCAGAGUUCCCUGAAGAUGCAUUACCGCACCCAUACAGGGGAGAGACCGUUCCAGUGCAAGAUCUGUGGCCGGGCCUUCUCCACCAAAGGCAACCUGAAGACGCACCUUGGGGUUCACCGAACCAACACAGCCGUAAAGACCCAACAUUCGUGCCCCAUCUGCCAGAAGAAGUUCACCAACGCAGUCAUGUUACAGCAACAUAUCCGGAUGCACAUGGGUGGCCAGAUCCCCAACACGCCUCUGCCUGAGAGUCCCUGUGACUUCACGGCUCCUGAGCCCAUGGCCGUCAGUGAGAAUGGCAGUGCCAGCAGUGUCUGCCAGGAAGAGGCAGUGGAAGGGAUGGAAGCUGAGGAGGGCUGCUCCCAGGAUGUCCCCAGCGGCCCCUCAACGGUCUCCGCGCCGGUUCCCAGUGCCCACCUGGCAUCGCCCUCUCUGGGCUUUCCUGUGAUAGCUCCCCUGGAUACUCAGGGGAAAGGGGCUCUUCCCACGUUGGCCCUGCAGCGGCAGAGUAGUCGAGAAAAUGGCUCCCUGGAGGGCGGUGACAGUUGUCUGACCAAUGACGCUUCCUUGCUCGGGGGUGACCAGGAGUGUCAGAGCCGAAGCCCAGAAGCCACAGAGACCAUGUGCUAUCAAGCAGUGUCCCCCGCCAAUAGCCAAGCUGGAAGUGUCAAGUCGAGGUCUCCUGAGGGCCCCAAGGCCGAGGGCCUUGUCGACAGCGAAGGUCGCACCAGCUUUCCUUCAACAUUUAUUCGAGCACAGCCCUCCUUUGUCAAAGUUGAAGUACCUGGCACCUUUGUGGGACCCCCCAGCAUGCCCUCGGGUAUGACGCCUUUGCUAGGGCCACAGCCACAGCCGCAGCCACGCCGACAGGCCAAGCAACACUGUUGCACACGGUGUGGAAAGAACUUCUCGUCGGCCAGUGCCCUGCAGAUCCACGAGCGAACACACACUGGAGAAAAGCCUUUCGUGUGUAACAUAUGCGGGCGGGCCUUCACCACGAAAGGCAACCUGAAGGUACACUACAUGACUCAUGGGGCCAACAAUAACUCCGCCCGCCGGGGCAGGAAGCUGGCCAUAGAGAACCCCAUGGCGGCGCUGAGUGCUGAGGGAAAGAGAGCCCCGGAGGUGUUUCCCAAGGAGCUCCUGCCUCCCGCGGCGGUGAGUGUGGACCCCGCCGCGUGGAACCAGUACACCAGCGUCCUUAACGGGGGUCUGGCCAUGAAGACCAACGAGAUCUCCGUGAUCCAGAGUGGAGGCAUCCCCACACUGCCCGUGUCGCUGGGAGCCAGCUCCGUGGUGAGCAACGCCACGCUUUCCAAGCUCGACGGCUCUCAGACCGGCGUGGGCGGGGCCGUGAGCGCGACUGUGGAGAAGCCGGCUGUUCCCGAUGGCGUAGCCAAGCACCAGUUCCCUCACUUUCUGGAAGAAAAUAAGAUUGCAGUCAGCUAAGGCGGAAGAGGAGGCUGCUGGAGUGAGAUUCUAGAGUCUGCUUUGUGGUUUAGUUUUCUUUUCUUAACCCACCUCCUUUUUUUUUUUUUCUUCCUCUUCCUGAUAUGCAAGUGAUAUGGCUUGUGACCGUACACAGCCUCGGGCAAUCCUACAAUCACGAGAGUUGCUAUGCUGCUUUCCAAAAAAAGAUGAAAAAAUGGAGGAAAAGUGAAAAACAGAAAAACAACAAAAACCAAAAAAAAAAAAAAAACCACUUUUUUUUUUUUAAACCAUUUUGGAAAGAAGCGGGUUUUGAAAAGUAGUUUUGUUAACUUGGGACAAAUUGUAUACUAGAAGCUUUGUGUGACCUCAUGGCUGUUUCCAAAGACUGUCACCAACCUGUUUCGAAGUGAAACAGUUGGACUCAAUGAAUCACAGUGGAAGUGACAACUACUAGCCCAGUCCUGGGGUGACGGUGCUGUGUCCUUCUGUGGUGACAAAUGCGGGUAAAUGUAGGGACCUGGUUUAAUGCCUCCCGACCCUGUCUUCAUCUUCAGUUCUUUUUUGUUUUUUGUUUUUGUUUUUUUAAAUAUAUGUACUUUAAGAGAAAAGGGAGAGAGGAACGCCUGAAAACUAAGGUGGCUCAGUUAGCCCACUUCCUCCGACCUUAAGACCCUGGAUAGGACAUCCUCCAUACACCGGCCGCCCACAAUUUAUCCUGCUGCUUACUUAAACAGUUCAGAGCCCCGAGAGUCCCAUCCCCCCGCCCCGCCCCCCCACGUCCCACAAACCACCUUCUUCCCAGAACCCAGGGUGGACAGGCAUCAGAGUGGGCACCUCAGGAGAUCUUAGGCGUUGCUUGCGCGUUUCUUCGUAGGGAGAAGCUCCUAGCAGCCGCAGGAGGGUCUCCGCCUCCACAUGCAUGCUAUCCUUUCUGUUUAUUUCAAUUAUUCCCAGUCCCAAAGACCUUCACACCCACCCACCCCCCUGCCCGAUGAAGGUUAAUAGAGUUGAGACCAGCAAGUCUUGGAUGUGAGGGCUUUAAUUUAUCUACCUCAAUUAUCUUUAUUUUUGUAGCCAAAAAGUCUCUAUUUUGCUAUUUUUGUGACCACCCCAAGUAUUGCCAGGUCUUAAACCUAAGAGUUGUACUGGUAAGAAGGGCUCCGAAGCUCAAGAAGUCUUCGUGGUUGGUUCUGUGGGACUUUUGUUGUUGUUUUGUUUCGUUUUCAAUUAUAUUUUUGUUCAUAUAAUUUUGAACAGCUGUUGUAACAGUGUUUUGAUGGUUUGAUGAGGAAGGAGAGACAUUUCUCAGGUCUCUGGGUAGAAAAUUCUUCCUGCUGUGUUGAAUGCCGUUGCCAAAUGAAGAUGGGAGACUCUUCGACCCAGUGUUUCCUCUGAGUUGUUGCACCUGAUUUUAGGAUCCAAAACUUUUGUUGUUGUUGCUACUUUUUUCUUUUUUCUUUUUUCUUUUCGCCAAGUCGUGCCUUUCCUUCUGGGAUUGUAAGUGAACCCUGUGAUAAAGCGUUCACCGGUUCGCCCACUCACCUGCUUACGCUGUGAAGUGGGUAUCCUGCAGAGAACACACCAGCUGAGCUUUGUCACACCCCGUGAAUGAAUGUGUGGACUAUGCCGUACUUUUACCUGCUGAUGCUGUUAUGUCUGAAAAUAAACUGAAUGUUUUUUCCCCU